CUUGUCGACCGCUGUCACCAAUGUCUUUCACAGAGAAUCCAAUCAUCUGGAAGAAACUCGAGCGUGCAGUCGGCUUUACCUCACGUCCGCUCUUUCCUUCUGAUAACCCAGCUGGACCAUGUCGGAACAACUAUUCAGGACCGACCGAUUUACUCAGAGGCAACUUUACGAAAUUUCGACCAAGACACUGUGGAUAACUUUGUGGAAAAGAUUAUUGAGGUAUUACGAGGCGAUGAAACUUUACGACAGGAGUUUGGUAUAGAAGGCCGAGUGGCGUUCUAUGACCGCACAAACUCGACCUCGCUCGACGACAGCCUGCAGCAGAUGCAU